AUGACUUCAACCGAACCCUUCACCACGGCACGCACACGCGUCUUCGGUUCCGUCUUCUCCCCCGCGUCUCUCGAAGCGUACCCGGCAAAGUCAAUCUCGAAUUUCCAAGAUAAUCAAAUAACCGCAUCGUUUCAAUCAACUGACUCCUCGUCAACAUUCAAAGCGGACUCGCAAUCAACAUCAUUCGCGACGAUUGGAGGGUCAACGGACGUUGCAUCCCCGGAGGAAAAUACAAUAGACCAAGCGCGGCAGGCAGCGAAAGAAUUUCUAUCUGUGCCCGACCUGGGGUUUGAUCUGCUUUAUGAAUUCCGGAAUACCGAUGGAAGUGAGGUGUUGAAGCAGUGGAAUCGGCUCAGCCCUCCGUCGAAGGAGACGGCGGAGGCGCUGGAGCAUCUCAUGCGAACUUCCCCGUGGUCGUUAUUUGACUGGUAUGGGAACGAUAUUCGGAGGCACUUUCUCGUCAACCUCCGGGCUGGCCUAUCCAAGUUGUUAAAGUCGCCGGAGAGAGAAAGUCUGCUCAGGAUAAUCGUGGACUGCUUACAGCUUGCGCGUCGGAUUUAUCUCGCUCCUGUUGUACACUACCUGCUUCCACUGAUAUCCACGCCACAUCAAGGGGGAUUUUUGGCCCAAUUACAGCGUGCGUUUCAUACAAUGGUCUCAUACAGUCUACCAUGGCAGGAAAUUUCACCACUUCUUGCUAGAGAAAUGACGCAAGACGCUGUGGUUAUUUUAGGCAUUGAUACUCUGGACGAAGAUUCCGAUGUGGAUAGCAUGAGUAUCGAUGGAAUGGACAUGGAACGGGCAUACUCUGUCUCAUACAGAGACUGGAGAAUGGAAUCAACCGAAGCUCAGGCACACAUGAUGGUUGAGGGUGAAGAUAGCCGUGUGACCAUUGCACGCGACCGUCUUCUGGCGUUUCUCAAUGGCCUGCAGCUUGUUGGACUUGGCGGUGACAAGGCCCAGAAGGUGUUCGCUAACGUGAUGAAUGUUAUGAUGGGGGACUUCAUCCGUGCUGCGUAUGCCGGCCAGUGGGAGCCGUAUUCAACAGCGCCCCAGCACUUGGAUCAAUGGGUUGAGAAUGUCUAUGCUCGGCUUGUAGUGCAGGUUCUGGCUAUCAUCCAUUCUGACCCCGCUGGAUCUCAGUCUGGGGCAAUGGAAGUGACCCUUCCCGAUGUGGAAAAAUGGCAAGCAAUGGGUAUUGCUCGCCUCGGCAAACUUCGAGUCAGCGAGCUCUUCGAUGUGGUUGUUGAUUGGCCCGCAAGCAGCGGAGCGGUGGAGGAUCUGCGACGUUUCGCAAAUUCGCCCGGAGCGCGGUUUUAUGUCGCGCAUGAAUUUUCUAUUAGCUUACUCCAGCGCUUAUUGCAUCCAGGUGCUUCUACAGUCGAGAUCUUGCAAGUCUAUAUCUCAAUCAUUCGGGCGUUUCAUAUCCUGGACCCCAAGGGCGUUCUCCUGGAUCGGAUCGCUAGACCGAUCCGACGUUACUUGAGAGACCGCGAUGACACCGUCAAGGUGAUAGUCAGUGGUCUCUUGGCUGACCCUGCGACAAUCGACGGACCGAUGGCUACUGGCGACAACUUGGCGGAGCUGGCGGCGGAGCUGACCAAGGUUCAUCACCACUCUAUGCAGAAUAACAAGAGCGAACUGGACUAUGACGAUAUGUACUGGGUGCCCGAUCCAGUUGAUGCCGCUCCCGACUACAAGAAGUCGAAGAGCGUAGAUGUCAUCGACAGUCUGGUCAGUCUGUUCGACUCGAAGGAGACAUUUGUGAAGGAAAUGCAGACUCUUCUCGCCGAGCGGCUCAUUCAAAAGCGGCAAGAUUAUGAUCAAGAAAUUACAGUACUUGAACUCCUCAAAGUCCGCUUCGGUGAUUCGGCACUACAGGCAUGCGAGGUGAUGCUGAAAGAUAUCUCGGACUCGCGACGCCUCGACGUCACGGUGCGUCAUGAUCAGGGCUUGUCUGGCCAUCGUAAGCAAACGGGAGACGCUGGCAAACUACAUGCCAAGAUUCUAUCACGCUUCUUCUGGCCAGAGUUCCAAGAACAAGAAUUCAAGGUCCCCGAUGAGAUCGUCAAGCUUCAAGAGCAAUACGCGACUAUUUUCGAGAAGCGCAAGGACUCGCGCAAGCUCAAGUGGCGCAACGCUCUGGGCCAGGUCACUGUCGAACUGGAACUCGAGAACCAUACCUUCAAGGACGAGGUGACAACCUGGCAAGCGACUGUAAUCUAUGCCUUCCAAUCCGAUUCGGGUGAACCCGCCACGAAAACAAUCCCGCAACUUGCCGACGAGCUCGAGAUGACACUUCCCCUCGUACGCAGUGCCUGUCUCUUCUGGGUCAGCAAGCGUAUUCUCACUGAGGUGCAACGCGACACCUUCCGCGUGCUGGAAGUUCUCCCCACCGAGAACGAGGAACAUCAUGCCCACGCAGGCGACUUGACCGAUGCCUCAGACAGCGAAGCAGGCGAUACGGCCAACGCAGCCGCCGCGGCCGAAGCCGCCGCCGCAGCGGCAGCGAAGGAAUCUGCCGAGGCGGCUGCCAUGGAGAAAAUGAAUGUGCAUUGGCAGUUCAUCGUGGGCAUGCUUACGAACCAGGGGCCUAUGGCUCUAGCCCGCAUCGUCAUGAUGCUGAAGAUAGCGGUUCCUGGUGGAUUCCCGUUCAGCAAUGAGGAGUUGCGGGAGUUCCUGAGUGGCAUGGUUUCGAAGGGCAGGUUGGAGAUUGUGAACGGAGGUAAUUACAAGAUCGUGCAUUAG